AUGCGGCCCCCAGGUUCCCGGAGACUGUUCCUCGACCCCCGUCCAGGUCGCAGCGACGCCGCCCUCCGGCUCCUCCUAGGGGGCACCGUCGCCCGAACUCCGACCCUCCCGCCCGGGCCAAGUCCGAGGUCCCGGCCUGCCCCCCAGUCGGGGCCCGCCAGGCCAACCCACGGGCCGCAGCCCCCCCGCCGUCGCCAUGGUAAUGCCGCACCCACGGCGGAGUAUCCCCGGCUUCUAGUCCGGGAGCCCCCGGACCCGCCCUCGGGGUUCCAGGCCCUCACCUGCGGCCGGGCGAGCUGCGAAGCCGGGGCCGGGGCAUGCAGGUUGCAGAAGCUGUUUGCUGUGGAAGAGGAGUUUGAAGAUGAGGAUUUCUUAUCUGCUGUGGAGGAUGCAGAGAACCAGCUUGCUGGCUCACUGCUUGUGAAUGCUGGGUGCCUGAGACCUGUCUCUUCCAGGCCACAGGCCACGGUGCAGGCACAGUCCUCUGGGUGGCUGCCGUCACACCACCCUGCUCCUUCUGAGACUUCUGGUCUGCCAGCCCUGGGACUCCGCCUCCCUACCUCCAGCGUGUCCAGGGCCAUCAGGGGCCCCCCUUCCACAGGGACAGCCCGCCUAAGACCUGUCUCAACUCCCAGCAGCUGCACUGGCAAUCAGAGAAGCAUGACACUGACAGAAGUAUCCAGAGAGCUAGCAAGACCCCAGUCCUCAGCCCCCCGGCCCCUGCCCACCUUGGAGACUCAACAGCAGGUGCUUGGUGGCCUUGAGGGGUCUGAGCAAGAUGAAUUUGAUGCAGUCCUGGCAAGCAUGGAGCUGGAGGGGUCUGGCAUGGAGCGGAAACUUGGAGUUAGCAGUGAGGCCACAGGAGUCCUGCUCACCUGUCAGGGAGAGGACCCAGUAUUGGCCAAAAAGGCCCGGGUAGCUGAGCUGAGUGGAUGUUGCCCAAAAGGGUCUACUCUAGCCACCCACAACAGGCAUGAUGGCCCCAUUUCAGUCCAGUGCCAGCUUCUGGAUCCUGUUGUCCACGGCAGGCCUCCACAGUGCCACCUGAGACCUGGUACCUCGGGUAACCUUUCUAUCCCAACUGCAUCAACAGUUCCCACUCAACAAAGCCACUGGAGAGUCUGUGCCAAAGGCUCCCCUCUUCAAGCACACCAGCCUCUCCAAACUGCUGGAAGUUCUGUUCAGUGCAGCCCUCAAAACCAUUUGUUUCGUCAGCCACUCCAGUCUCCAGGUGCCUGUUUAAGUGGCAAACCUCGAUUUUUUGGACCAAAAACUCCCAACUCAGGCUGUUCUACUCCCUCAAGGGCUCGCUAUGGAUUCUGUCCACGGGGGCUCUCAGGGCCCCAAUCUCCAGCGGCUUCUGUCGAGUCUCCUGCCGGCACCCCAAAGAGCCCACAUUCCUCCCUGGUUCCCCAAGCAGCUCUGCAGACGCCGAUAGUCACCAACCACCUGGUGCAGCUGGUCACUGCUGCCAACCGGACACCCCAGCUGCCCAUGCACACCACCACCCAAGCCAAAGCCCGCCGCUUCCCUGGGCCAGCAGGGCUGCUGCCACACCAGCAUAGUGGGAAAAAUCUGGAGGAGAUUAUGGUUUCCACGCCCCAGACUCCAACUCAUGGUGCUCUGGCUAAAUUCCGGACGGAGAUUGUUGCUAGUUCCCAGGCAUCAGUAGAGGAGGAUUUUGGGCGAGGCCCUUGGCUGACCAUGAAAUCUUCUCUGGGCCUGGAUGAGAGAGACCCCACCUGCUUCCUCUGUACCUACAGCAUCGUCAUGGUGUUGCGAAAGGCUGCUCUGAAGCAGCUGCCCAGGAACAAGGUCCCCAACAUGGCGGUGAUGAUCAAGUCCCUGACCCGGAGCACAGUGGACGCCAGCGUGGUUUUCAAGGACCCCACGGGGGAGAUGCAGGGGACAGUGCACAGGGUGCUGCUGGAGAUGCGCCAGAAUGAGCUGAAGCCGGGCUCAGUGCUGCUGCUGAAGCAGAUUGGAGUGUUUUCUCCUUCGCUCCGGAAUCACUACCUCAACGUGACGCCCAACAACCUGGUCCGUAUUUAUAGCCCAGAUUCUGGGGUUGGGAACUUCCUGAAGCCAUCUCAGCCCUUCCCCAAGGAUCUAGGAAGCUUCCAUGGCAGCCUCCAGCGUGAUGUGGAUCCGAAGUCCAAGGAAGACCUCAGAACAGCACAGGAUCCAGAGGCAGGGGCGUCCCCCGAGGAAGAGCACUUGGAAACAGAUGACCUGGAUGGGCUCCUGAGUGAGCUCCCUGAGGACUUCUUCUCUGGGACCAGUAGUUGGGACUACCCCAAGGCAGGGCACCCGCCGUGAGCAGGCAGCCUCUCGGCACCCAGGCAAGGCUCUGGAUGUGUCUGACCAUGCCCAAGGGAGAGAAGACAACCA